AUGAUGCCUUCCAUUUUCUCCGUCAACUUCUUCUCCAGUCUGGUGCUUACGACGGCCAUCGACGACGGCCCUCGACGUUCGUCGAUGGCCGUCGAAAGGACCAGACUGGAGAAGAUGGUGACGGAAGAAAUGGAAGGCAUCAUGGACACCUUGUCCCGGUUAGUGCCCGGGGCACCGCCCGCCGGAAGUGCGAGCGCAGCGGGCGGCGGGGGGGGGGGUCACUGGGGAGGACGCACGCCUUCCCUGGCGCGGGUCAGCUGGACCAAGCGCCGAAUACCGAACGAGGGCUCGAGGGAGCGAGAGGGCUGCGAGGCCCGGAACCACGAGAGCCUUCGCCACCCGAGGGGGCUAUCUCGCGGGAAGGAGUCAGCAGAGAGGAGCAAGCUUCACGAUAUACUUUCAGCUCGCAUGCCCGGAUACCACGCCUUAAACAGUUGGACUUUGACGGAGACGAAAAGAACUGGCUCAUGUUUCGAAACGAUUUCAUUACGCAGGUGCAGACUUGUGGAAUGGGUCGUGCCUUGAGUGACAGCAGGGACGUUGUGGUCCUAAGCGUAGACGAUGAUGGCAUGGUAGAGCAGGGAGUAGAAGUAGGGGAGAUAGCCAUGUACCGGGAUCUGUGGGGGAUGCUGACGGGAGCGAUCUCCAAUAAUUCCACAAAAAUGCUGGUUUACGAUCGCAAGGGGCCCUCGGCAGCGUGGCGUGCGUUGGAAGAAACAUUUACCCCGUUAACCGGCGGCGAGCAGAUCUCGCUGAUCGGUAAGUUUUACAACACCCAACAGGGGAAGCACCAGGACCCCCGAGUGUUUUUUCCAGGAGUUCAAGUCCGUAGUGACCAACCUAGAGCUGGCAUUUGACCAGCCCAUCCCCAAAAUGCUCGUAUAUGCACGGUUCCUCGAUGCGCUUUCCCCGGAAUUUGAGAUUCAAAAGCAACAGCUGCUCGCCCAGAAAACACUCGAUGAAGAAGAGAUUUUGAGAGUGCUACGCACACGGGCUGAGCAACUGAAAGCGGAGGAAAAGAAGGGGAAGAGUGAUCGGCGAGCGAAUCAUCAUGCGUUCGUAGCAGUAGAGGGGAAGGGGGGAGGAAAACGACGGUCGAAACAGAACCGAGGUGACGAAGAGGCGAACUUGGCCAGCGAUAAGAGAGUCAAGUGCUACGUCUGUGAUGGGGAAAACUAUGCGAAUGCAUGCCCAGAGAAGCUUUGCCAGAGGUGCGGGAAAAAGGGGCACAACGCAAAAAGUGCCCAUCGAGAACUGAGACUGCAGUCACCGCGAUUGAAGUUGGAGUUGGUGAUGUCGAGUUGGACGUCGCAUACGAAGCACUCUGACGUUAUCUAGAUCUGUUUUCCCAUCGGUGCAUCAACGCCCCUCCCCUUUCGUGCCUUGCGUGCAAUUCGGCUCGUCGGCAUUUUCCUGUAACGAGCCGAUUUUUGAUGAUGCGACUGACGAAAGUACCAAGGGGAAAUUUUUCUGGUGUGGUAUUUUUCGCCGUUCGCUCGUUGUUUUUUCUUGUGUUUGAUCGGAAUACGAACGCAGUCCACAAAACUCGAUGUUGCCUGUCCAGUAUACCAUGCUCAUCUCAGUAACUAACCGCGUAGGUUGAGCCAUGAUGAGGCUCAUUGCACGAUUACAUACUGAGGAUGGUGUGGUAUUCCAUUAUCGUCUCACUUUGAAGAAUGGUAAUGCGCAGGGCAUUGCGGUCACACCAACUUGAUUGAUGACGUUCGGAAUUAUUUCCUGGUGCUUGUUUCACCGGGAUAUUUGCCUGAAAUCAGGAGGGUUGAUAGAUGGCAACCAGCGGCUCUCAUAUUAUUAUAGUAGCAGAUACCAACAGGCUGGUUGAUGAACUGUUUGUGAUUGGCAUGCUGCUUUGAUCUACCGAUAUGUAGGCUGAGAGGGGGCACCCGCCCCUAACAUGUGGUUGAUUGCCCUUUGUAAUGAUCUCUCAUUGAUGUACAGACCGAGGGGGGCACCUCUCACUGUCAUGUGAUCGAUAAUGUGAUCGGGGUUGUAGACGCGCCCCGUUACUAACAGCAGCUGGAUACAGUAGGGGUCCUGUUACUGGGAGGGAGAUACUUGUGAAGGAGUAGCGAAAAAUGUCUAGGUCCAGUGUCUCUCGAAACGGUGAACCGCUUGUGGUUGAGAUACCGCUUGAUCUUCCGCUAAGUUUAUCGCCCUCCAUAAAAUGUCAUAAGGCGAUGUAGCGUUACGUUUUACGUUUUUCCGCUGCGGUUUGGCAUUGGUGCUUGUGGCUUUGGGCGCGCCGCGGUGCUGACAGCAACACGAUACAGUAGGGAUCCUGUUUGCUGGGAGGGGACUACUUGAAAAGGGUGCAAAUGCCUGAGAGUUGUAAACGCGUAGGGUUGCAACUUUGUGACUGCUGUGUUGAUUGUGUUGACAGUUCAAUCAGCACGAUGACCCGUGGGGGCGGAGGGUUGUGAUCCGGUGGCCGGGUUUCCCUUCGUCUGUUUUCUUUUGUAUACUUUUGGAGUUUUUCUAUGAGUACAAAUUGGGUUUUGAGAGCAUUCGUAAUGAUGUACGAAUCAGGGAGGGUGUUCGUGAGGUGGGUUAUGCCAUCCUUACGAAGGCUACUGCGGGAGUACCCACGUGUGGUUUUGAGCUUUGUCAGUGCGCAAGCACGUGGCCGUCCAUCGGUCAUUUGGAUCUUCGGGGUAUCUCCGUUAGUGGCAUCUUUGGCAAUUUGUCACGCGCUGUCAUGUAUUCCGAGUUCCGAAUGUGUCUUGCGACUGUUGCUCGCGUGCCUUGGUGUUUGUGAUGCACCCUGGUGCCCACUCUCUUCCGUUGCUGGUGUCUACGAGGACGACCAAUAAAACAACUUUACCAUCUCUUCACGUUGUCAACCGGGACAGCUCAUCCGGCAGCACUAGGCUUGGGGGCGAUCAACAGGGGUUGCUUCUACCUGCUUCAAACGGAAAGCAUGAUACACGCUACCUGACCCUUUGUAUCCUCGCGAACGCGUAGUACUAAGAAGAUAUGCAUACAUUGGAUGAGACAACACGAUGACAGCGAUGGCGAAGCGUAUGCGUGCUGCGCCUUGCCGUUAAAAAUGACAAACGUGUGAAUGCCACCUCAGACUGUCGUAGAUUGUGACGUCAGAUGACCUGUCGGAGAUCUACCUUCGGGGUGUUACCGCAGAUAGAGUCAGUGCAGGUUGGAUGCUGAACCUUGCUUCAACACAAGGUUGAUCCCUACCUGACACACACACUCAACUCAACUAUCCGUACAUCAGCCUCUCCGCCAGAGGUUGAACCGGUGUGUAUCCACACCACCCAUCCCAAAGGGAACUUACUCACACGUGAAAACCUGGAGACAACCGGCUCAUAGUGGCGUCAGCGGCAGGUUGUUGAAAUAGCUGCGGUUGCGCUACUAGACGUACACGACACCGAAGUCGUCGUGUUUACGGGCGCAGUGAGCGACGGACUCGGCGAGGGAUUUGAUCCAUUCGUUGCCUGCGCGGACGGAACGAACCAUGGUGCUGCAGGGGACAACGGUGUCAGUCUGGGCAACGACGGAGCUAAAAACGGAACGCUUGAACUUACCGAUGUAGGUGCUGUUGCAAUCGUUCCACGAGACGACGUAGCUGACGCUGUUACGACAGACGAUGGGGCAGGCACCUACUCCGUCAGGAGAAGCUAUUGUCACGCGAUGGUAGCUGGCGAGAGCUCCGGAGGAGUCCGCCUGUGCCGCAACGCUCGGAGGCGGACUCCUCCGGAGCUCUCGCCAGCUACCAUCGCGUGGCAGCAGCGUCUCCUGACGGAGUAGGUGCCUGCCCCAUCGUCUGUCGCAACAGCGUCAGCUACGUCGUCUCGUGGAGCCUCGUCUCGUGGAACGAGUGCAACAGCACCUACAUCGGCGCGUCCUAAGCAGAAGUUGACUUUCAAUAAGUCACUCACCGCGCGUCCGCCGACACAACAACGUGGAACGCCCGCAGCUCGUGGCCGAGGUUCGGGUAGAGGUGGUGGUCAGCGUCGGCCGUCGUUCGAUCCGUGUACCCAUCCCUCCUGUCGGUCGCACAAGACUCACCCGAUCGAGCGCUGCUGGGUGAGGAUCGCGGAGGAAGAAGAGCGUCAAGGUCGUUCCGCGUCGAAGCGGUCCCGUAAAGAUCGUCGGCGAAAGCAGAAGGACGGCUCGUCGGACUCCGAAUAGGGGUGCCCAGGUGUUGUGCCCGCAAUACCUGGGAAGAAAUCUGCUGCUGCCGUAGUAAGUAGCAGUAGGGGCGUGAAAGGAUAUAUUGAUCGUUUUGCGUCACUUGCGCGUUCGUCUAUGUCGUCUAGUACUCCGAGUGAUAGAUCGCGUUCGAAGAGUACAAAACGACUUGUAAAUAAGGCACAUGCGUCCCCUGUCGUAGAACAAUCACAUAAAAGCGUUCAUUUAACGCAGCCGAUUUAGACGUGGUUGAUAGAGAGUCCCCUGUGGGAUCGCGUGACCGUCAGAGUGCCAAGAAAACAAGGGCCGACAGGAUUGUUGCCGUACCGAAAAUAUUAUCGGAGCGAAAGAAGAGGAAGGGACUUCGAAUGGAAUUAAACAACGUGUUUCGUGGUACAGCUCAGCGCUGGCGCGGAAUAAACCGCCUCUGUCUCUGUCUUUUUCAUCCAAACGCGUUCGCGCUCCUGGAUAUAUCGAUGGCCAAUUUCUCCCUGAAAUCACCAUUGAUACUGCAAGUGUCGUCACGUGCGUUUCACUUUUGUUUUUGAAACAGCACCCAUCGUUAUCGUUUGCUCGUUUGGAGCCUAUACCGUCUCCGUCCCUAAAACUCAGCGCCGCAAAUGGUGCACCAGUCAAAGUUUUAGGAUCGUUCGUUGUUCGGUUGGGAGACGUGUCCCGCCGAAUCGAUGCGUUGGUCGUACCAUCGCUCGGUCCUGCUCAAAUACUCCUCGACAAUGAUGCCAUGACUCGGUUUGGAGCAGUACUUGACUGGACAAAUGAAGUUUUGACUUUUGAGUGUAGUGACACUAAUGGCCCCGCUAUUCAUCGUAAAAAAUCUCAACACGGUUCUGAUCCGUCGCCGUCCCCCGUGUUGCAGCCGUUCAUCGAAAUGCGGA